AUGGAUGACGAAGAAAUUUAUGAUGAGUUUGGAAACCUUAUAGGAGAUGAAUUGGAUUCAGAUGUAGAAAAUUCAAGAAGUUCGCAGGAGAUACUCGGUGAUGAAAAAGAGUACCCAGACGCAAAGACUAAUGGUCAUCAAGCUACCCAAAUAGUGGUAGCGGGAGAAGAAGAACAUGAAGAACAAGAAGAACAAGAAGAACAAGAAGAAAAAGAAGAAAAUCAUGAUGACGAUUAUGAUGUAGUAGCAGGACAAGAGGCUAGCUUUCAGAGUCGAGCAUUGGUGAAGAGACGCCUAUCUAUUAACGAUGGUGAAAUUAUAUAUGUAAAUCCUGCUGAUGCGACUCUUGAUGAACAAGUGAUUGAUCCGAACAUUCAAAAGGAGAUGAAAACUACUAUUGAUGAGAAAGAACUACCACAAUUGACGUAUUCUAGAGAAUUUCUUAUAGAUACCAUAAAUAAUGUCCCCGAAAGAAUUCGGAAUGUUGCUGUUGUUGGUAGUCAUCAAAGUGGAAAGACCAGAUUUAUCGACACUUUUAUUAAGAAUACACAUAUUUUACCCCAAGAUCUUGAGAGUACCAAAAGAGAGGCAAAACCGCUCCGAUAUUUGGACAACUACAAAUUGGAAAUUGAGCGAGAAACAACAAUCAAAACCUCGGCAAUCACUUUGAUGCUUCAAGAUCAGCGAGAUAGAUCAUUUGCAAUUACUUUGGUAGACACUCCGGGACACAUUGAUUUUCAAGACGAAGUGGUUGCCGGGUUACAACUUUGUGAUGGUGCAAUCCUCGUUAUAGACGCUGUUAUUGGAUUUACAUUUCGAGAUAAGAAACUCAUUGACGAGAUAAUGAAACGGGAUUUGCCCAUUAUAAUUGUAUUAAACAAAAUUGACAAUUUGAUAUUAAAAUUGCGACUACCACCAAAAGAUUCUUACUUGAAGAUGUAUAAUAUUCUCGAUGACAUAAAUGCUUACGUCACGGAAAGCCUGAAAAGAUUCAACUACUCUCAAGCUAUAGAGUUCCUGCCCACUUUGGGAAAUGUUAUAUUUGCUUCAGCAGACUACGAUAUUUCUUUCAGUUUACAAAGUUUUGUUGCUUUGUAUGCACAGACACAGCCGCAUAUAUUAGAAGAUGCCAAUUUUGCAAAUUUCUUAUGGGGAGAAUACUUUCUAGAUCCCGAAACUAACAGAAUUGUUACAGAUUCUCAACAAGGACAACUUCCGCGAACAUUUGUCUCGUUCAUUCUAGACAUGUUGUACGAUAUCACAUCAAAUGUGAUCAUAUCAGAACCUUCAAAUAACAGAUUACCAAAACUUUUGUGGGAUCAUUUUAGAGUAUCUCUACCUAAGAAGGAGUAUAAAAAGCAACUAAAAGACCUUCUUAGAGUUGUGUUUAAAGCAAUUUUUAGGAACGAUACAGGUUUUGUGGAUUCCGUAACGUCCUUUAUCCUGUCGCCAAGAAAUGUGACGAAUAGCUCAUUGCACGUCACUGACAAUCACAACAACCACAACAAUAUCAGCAAAAAUGGCAGCGGUAGUAGUAGUAGUAACAAUAUCAACUCGAAUGGUAAACCGAGCAGUAUUACAGGAAUAAUACCGAAAGUGGUUGAGUCACCUGAUGGAGGAACAUUCCUAUGUUUAGUGCGGUUAAUUGAAGAAGGAUUAGUUGAAGGAUACCAAAUACAAGUCAUAAGCGGUGACACAGAUCUAAACGAGUUAUCUAGAAAGGUUUUAACUGUACAAAGGCUUUAUAUACCUGGUGGCAGGUAUAAUGUACCGGUAUCUUCUAUUGGCCCUGGAAGUGUUGUUCUCGUUGAAGGCAUUGAUUCUAGCUUUAAGAAAGGAGCAUUGAUAAUGAAAGAAAGUUCUUACACUGCUAACCAACUGAUGCAAUACAUGUUUCCAAAUUAUAACGUAAACUCCGUUUUGAAACUAGGUAUGGAAGCAGUGGAUGAACGGCAAACUGCGACUCUUUUAGCAAGUUUGAGAAAAGCAGACAAAGCAUAUCUUUCACUUGUUGUACGAGUCGAAGAAACGGGAGAAAUCACAGUUAUUGCCCCAGGUGAGUUUUAUAUGGAUUGUGUUCUUCACGAUGUAAGAGAGCUUUUUGCUGAUGAGUUCCAGAUCAGAGUAAGUGACCCCACUACAAUUUUUUCUGAAACAUGCACGGAAAUGUCAUUUACCAGUAUUCCCGCCAAAACUUCAAAUGAUUCAUUUUCUAUUUCCAUCAUUGCAGAACCAGUCAACGAUCCCGACUUGAGCAAUGCGAUUGAGUCUGGUGUACUACAUGCGAAUUUAUCGAGAAAGGAAAUGGCAACUAUUUUAAAGACACAGUUUGGGUGGGAUGCGCUAGCUGCAAGGUCUGUAUGGGUGUUUGGUCCAAAAGAUCUUAUCGAACCCGAUAUAUUAAUUGAUGACUCAUUUCAAGGAGAAACGGAUAAACAACAGUUGAUGAAGUUGAAGGAGUCUAUUUGUUCAGGAUUCGAGUGGGCUAUUGCCGAGGGUCCUUUAAUGGCAGAGACCAUCCGAAACACUAAAUUUAAGAUUCUUGAAGCUAAGUUCAAACUGGACGACUUGGCUUCUUAUACUCCAGCACAAAUUAUACCUGUCAUUCAGAGAGCUUGCUAUACUGGUUUCCUUACAGCACAGCCUAGAUUGAUGGAGCCUGUUUAUCGAUUAGAUGCAAUUUGUUUCUACAAAAACAUUAGAGUAGUUGACGAGUUACUCAAAAGUAGAAGGGGGCAUAUUGAAACACGCGACCCAAUCGAAGGGACUGCUCUUCAUUACAUUGUCGGUUAUAUACCAGUCGUGGAUAGUUUUGGAUUUGCGUCAGAUGUGAAGUUGUACACAUAUCGUAACGCAAAUACGUGGUUGCUGUUUUCCCAUUGGAGUAUAGUUCCAGGAGAUCCUUUUGAUUUGGUCUGCGAGUUACCUCGUCUCAAACCAGCACCCGUGGAGUCAUUAUCACGGGACUUUUUACUAAAAACAAGACAUAGGAAAGGAUUGACUGGUGAACCUACUUUACAAAAAUACAUAGACUCGGAGAUUUACGAUAAAUUAAAAGAGCGUGGAUUGGUGGCGUGA